CAAUGGGGUGCAGAACAAAACAAACCCCACUCAUUGCAAAGACCCGAUUACCAUGUGGUAAUGACCUGGUACGAAAGACUAAUGAAUGACAAAACAGGAUUUUUUUUCCAUUUGUGAGUACAAAGGUCCUUGAUGUCAGAAUGUCAUUCUUUUAAUCACCUGUCAACAAACAUUUUCACAAUUUUAAGAUCCUGGCACACACAUACAGCACAAUUUCGACAGCCUCAGUUAAGUUAUAACUUUUAAUAUAUGGCAGACUUCUUGCUGCAAAUUUGUACUUUGAAGUUAAGUUGUGACUGUCUCUGUGAGGUCAUCUGAAAGACCCAACUGUAAUGCUUUAUUACUCUAAUGUAAAUAAGUAGCCGUGCAUGUUUGAGCACAUUUACAGAUACAUAGAGAAGGACAGAAAAGAACAAAAGUCCAGAUUUUUGCUGUGAUGCCAAAAUAAUGCUUAAUAUAAAUAAGGCUAAAUCUAGAGGGUCGCAGUAUGACUGAGAAAAGUCUUUGUCAUUUCAUUAGCUUUUCAUUCUGAUGUUGACAUGGGAGAGCCUGAACCUUAAGAAAAAGCAAGAACUAAGGACUUUAGCAUCGUUCACAGCCAGGAGAUGGUUCCAAGAUGACUGAAGAAAAAGCGAGAGUGAGGUCCUUACCCAAGCGCACCGGAUCAGACCAUCAUCUCCACCAGAACCCGCACGGGGCCGUGAGAGCACCGGACCAGCGAAGGCUUCGUACACACCGAAGACAAGAUGAAUAUCCAGGUUAUGCCAGAACACAAGCUCUCGUCGGUGGCCCCAAUGAAACAGUGCAAUGUGGAGAAAAAGGAAGUAGAACUGACACUGGUGAAGGACCAGAACGGCGUCCAGUUCAUAAAUUCCACCAUCAUUCCCACCUCUGGUCACCGAGGACGUAUUCGCAGAUCCUCCCUUGAGGACGACCGAGAAACUUGGGGCAAGAAAAUAGACUUUCUUCUGUCGGUCAUUGGCUUCGCGGUGGACCUGGCCAAUGUUUGGAGAUUUCCUUACUUGUGCUACAAAAAUGGGGGAGGUGCGUUUUUGAUCCCUUAUGUUUUUUUCUUGUUCAUUGCGGGGAUGCCAUUGUUCUAUAUGGAACUUGCCCUGGGCCAGUACAACAGGGAAGGGGCAGCUACAGUUUGGAAAAUAUGCCCUAUCUUUAAAGGUGUGGGCUACACUGUGAUCCUCAUAGCCCUAUAUGUUGGCUUCUACUACAAUGUCAUCAUUGCCUGGUCCCUCUACUACCUGUUCUCCUCCAUGACCAGCGAGCUACCAUGGCUCAAAUGUGACCACAGCUGGAACAGCCAGAACUGCACUGAUCCUGAACUGCUUAUCAACAGAACCAGCAAUGGAUCUUAUAUCAAGAACAAAAUCACCCCCGCAGCAGAGUACUAUGAACGGGGUGUGCUGCAUCUCCAUGAGAGUAAGGGUAUCCAAGACCUGGGUCUACCUCGCUGGGAGUUGACUUUGUGUCUUGUUGUGGUGGUUUUCAUCCUCUACUUCAGCCUGUGGAAAGGUGUCAAGUCCUCAGGGAAGGUGGUGUACAUUACAGCCACAAUGCCUUAUGUGGUACUUUUUGUGUUGCUGAUUCGAGGCACAACUCUAGAAGGGUCAAUGGACGGCAUCAGGGCCUACCUCCAUGUUGACUUCCGUCGGCUCAACAAUCUAGAGGUGUGGAUUGAUGCUGCUACCCAGAUAUUCUAUUCACUAGGAGCGGGAUUUGGUGUGCUCAUUGCAUUUGCCAGUUAUAACAAAUUUGAUAACAAUUGCUACAGGGAUGCUCUCUUGACCAGCACUGUGAACUGCAUCACCAGUUUCUUCUCAGGGUUUGCCAUCUUUUCUGUGCUUGGAUACAUGGCAAGAAAACAUAACAUGAGAGUAGAAGAUGUGGCGACAGAGGGGGCUGGAUUGGUGUUCAUCAUUUAUCCUGAGGCAAUUUCUACACUGCCUGGCUCAACAUUUUGGGCUAUUGUGUUCUUCAUUAUGCUGUUGACACUGGGCAUUGACAGCUCGAUGGGCGGCAUGGAGGCAGUUAUCACAGGCCUGACAGAUGACUUUAAGAUCCUCAAGAGAAACAGGAAGCUCUUCACCUUCAUCACAGCCUUUGGAACCUUCCUGGUGGCCUUGCUCUGCAUCACUAAUGGUGGGAUCUACGUGCUAACCUUGUUAGAUAAGUAUGCAGCAGGGACUUCUAUAUUAUUUGCUGUGUUGAUCGAGGCCAUUGGAGUGUCGUGGUUUUAUGGCGUGGACCGCUUCAGCGAAGAUAUCCAACGUAUGAUGGGCUUUAAGCCAGGGCUCUAUUGGAGGCUGUGUUGGAAAUUUGUCAGCCCAGCUUUUCUGCUGUUUGUAGUAAUAGCCAGUACACUGACAUCAUCAGGCCUAAAGUACGAUGACUACAUUUUCCCUAACUGGUCCAACCUGGUUGGCUGGGGUGUAGCCAUGUCCUCCAUGUUGCUUGUCCCUGUCUACGCUUUGUAUAAGUUCUUCAGUACACCAGGAACAUUCAAACAGAGGAUAGCCUACUGCAUCACUCCAGAGCAUGAACAUCAUAUGGUGGCUGAGGGAAAUGUACGGCAGUUCAAACUCAGGCAUUGGUUGGCCAUCUGAUGACAAAUACCCAGAAUUCCCUCACAGCCACCCUCACUUGUGUGCCACAGUCGUUCGACAGACAGGGAAAGCAACAGACUCCAACUCCUGUCAGUGGCCUCCCUCUGCUGUGUAUUUACUACCCAAGGCCUUUGUUGUCAAUAGUGACUUCAAGCACUUUGAUUUCAGAGUCUUGCCUGUUAACAUUCUGAAAUCAUUCUACAGCUUUGGCUCAGAAGGGAGGGGCAUCUUGUGGGAAUAUUUACUGUUAUUUGACAAUGGAUAUAUUAUAUUAUGUUUUUAUAUAGCAUUUUAAUUAAUUAAUCACAACUUAAGUUAUCAUUUCCUAUAGUCUGUAAUGUGACAAUUAUCUCGUAGAAGGGAUCGAAACCAAAAUAACAACCAAAACAUUGGCCUUAUCCCUGUGUACUAAUAUACAGGAGAUCAAAAGUGUAAAUUUUUACAUUUCUUUAUAUGUUAUUAGUGUCACAUGUUGUCACUCUCUUUGGCUGAGUGACUUAUCUGUCUCAGUGCCUUAUCGAGACACAACAUGUUUCUUACAGUCCGUACAGAAAAAAUAAAAUAAAAUAAACUGUGUUGACUCAGGAACCCAUUAAAUAAAACCACAGUUUGUAGAUGGCAAUCUCUGUUUUGGCCCAGUCCUUUGAUACUCAUGUCAAAGAGCCCAAGGUCAACAGUACUUCAAGGUCAAACUCGUGGUAAAACAGAUGUGAUAUAACACAUUGUGUUACAGAAAAGGGAAUUAUGCAUGCAUCGUUACAAUGCUUUAAAGAAAAUGAGGCGGGUUUCAUUCAUCUUGUAUGCUAUGAAAGGGCAGACUCACAACCAGGUCUCAUUCUCAAAGAAAGCCUAUGACUGAACCUGGUCAGUCCUUUUCUGCUCACUGAAGGUAAAGAGUAAAAAUUCAGCAAAACAAAUAGUCCAUGUGUUAAAAACAGUUUUAUUGUUGUGUGGCUUCCCAUUUUUUUUUUGUCUGUUCAGUGCUUCUGAGGAAUAUCUAUGGCUUUUCCUUCCAAGAGACAGUGAGAGAUGGAGAAUACUGUAUGUGUGUGUCUGUGCCUGUGUGCUUAGUGAGAGUCUGUUGUCAAGCAUACACUAUGGUGUUAGUGUACAGUACAUGAAGAUGUGACAUCUAUCAGUUGCCUCUUUCAUUGUACUGUAAAUUAACUAUUAUGUUAAAUGUAUGACAACAACUCAUGUUUUCAUUUUAAACACAUCAUGUGAUGUUACCCUUACGAAUAUUUUGAAUGAUCUUUUCCUGUUUCUUUUUUUUAUUUAUUAAAAU